ACUGCCUUCCUGACUGUUUGUGUGAACAGUAGAGAGGCGAUUUUCUCCCCACCAAAAUCCAGAUCUUCUAGAUCCAGAUUCAAGGUCGGGAGUCCUUCUGUGUACUCGUGAUCUUCUCGCGAGGCACUCUCUCUGCUCCUCCUCCUCAAUCAGACUAUCUGCAUCUCCUAUUGCUCCUGAUUUUCCAUCUACCGCGGUUCGGGGCGACUAAGGGGUGAACUGGAGCUUCACUACCCGCCCUUGGCUUGCGUGUCUGGUGGGAUUAGGAGUUAGCAGGGGUGCUGCAGAUUCAGAAGGAGGUGGUGGGAGCCUUUGCAACCAAGCAGACUGCGGAGAUUCAAGCCGCGUACUGAUAGUGGGGAAAAGCAAGCUGCUACCCCUAAUGCUGAUGCAAAAGGUUGGUGAGGGUUGGGGCGGUCGAUCCUCGGGAGACAGGAUGGCUGAGAUGAUUGGCCGCCUGAGACUCACAUCGGAGGAAAGUGAUGCUUUGGAGGUGACAGAUGAUGUUGAAGAUGGAUUAGCUACGUCCAAUUGUGCGAUUAUUGGUAAAGUUUUAUCGCAGGGGGUUCUAAAUAUUCAAACAAUUAUGGCGGCGCUGAGGCCUGCAUGGGGAAAUCCGAAGGGAUUGAAUGCAAGGACGGUUGGGGAUAAUAUGUUCAUUGCUGAAUUUGGUUAGACGCAGGACAAAGUCCGAGUGCUUGAUGGCUCUCCAUGGAAUGUGGGCAACCGAGCAGUCCUAGUUCAAGAGUUUGAUGCCAAUCUGAGGCCAACAGAUGUAGUUCUCAAUCAUAUGUUAAUCUGGGUGAGAAUCAAGAACCUCCCUUUUGGUCUUAUGAACAAAAGUUGGGGAGAAGAGCUAGCUGGAAAGAUAGGUAAAGUGGAAAAGGUUGACGCAGACUCCAAUGGCAGGGCUUGGGGGCCUUAUCUCAGAGCAAAGGUGAGGAUUGACAUAACAAAACCUUUGCGAAGGGGUGUGUCAAUUUUCUUUGUAAAGAGACAGAAAAAGGAGUGGUAUGAGGUGCAAUAUGAAAAAUUGCCAAGCUACUGCUACUCUUGUGGAAUUAUUGGACAUUCAUCGGUGGAGUGCCCAAAUCCUGCUGAACGGGAUGAAAAUGGCAAUCUUCAUUAUAAUAUGGAGUUAAGAGCUGCAGACGAAAGAAAGAAAAGGAGUUUUGGGGAUGGGGUAGGCCAAGGUGGUAGUUUCUCAGAGAAGUCUAAUGCAGCUAGUGGGCGUGGUAUGAUGGCAGGGGGACCUGAUUCUAAGCUUUUAAAUAAUCAAUCAAGGACUAUGUGCCCCUCGGGACAACAAUCUUUGGAUUCUAGUGACAAGGAUGAGGACAAAGAGACUUUCUGUAAUAGAAGGAGCCAAAAUAUAACUGCCACAACAGAACCCAACUUUGUAAAAGAUGCUAAGAAUGUUGAUAUGGAAACUAGUGCAUCGGGUCUUGGAAAGAAAAGGAAACCAGAAAUGAAAUCAAGGGAGGAUUUGAUUAAUGGUGCUUGGUGCAAUGAGGUCACACAAGGUACAGACCCUAUGGAGAUGGCAAUUGUGGUAGCUCAAUCGACAAAGGCCCAAAUUGUUAAUGAGGUGGAAUUUGAAGGGGAGGAAAUAGAGAUGGCAAAGAGGCAAAGGAAUGAGGAAAAUACUUCUGUAAUUCUAUCGGCGGUGGCUGGGUACCAGCCCCGCCGGGAGCCAUGAAUAUCUUAUGUUGGAAC